GCGGGCUGCUCACCACAAACACACUAUUCUUAGAUCUUUUGUCGCACUGACGGCCGUCUCUCUGCCAUCGAGCUGACGACAUGUGGAAGGUCAAACCUCCAGUUACAUUUCCUAAGGAGAUGCGAUACCGGCCGAUUUUGGAGAGUUUGGUUCCUCCUGACCCCAUGGGCCGGUUCCACCUGACGAGGGGUUCCCCUGAGGAGGAGUUUCCUGACCUGUGCAGGAACUUUACCUGGAUGGGGCGAAUCCUCACGCUGGCCAUGUACCGCCGACAGUUCAACCGCUGCACCCACAGUGGCGUAAUCUUUGAUGAUGUCAUCCGUCCGGGCCUGGAGGAACCAGGAGACUGGUCAGGUCCUGUAUCUGUUGGGUGUGUGGCGGGCGAUGCCCAGUCCUACAUCCUGUUCUGUGACUUCUUCGACCGAAUUAUCGAAGCAUAUCAUGAACACAAGAUCACCAGCCAGACACCAGAGAGUGACUUCAACUAUGACAACUUGAAGGGUGGUGAUGACUUGGACAGGUCAUAUGCUGUACGCUGUGAGGUCAGUGUUAUUCGAGGUGUUGAAGACUUUUGCUUCCCAACACACUGCAGCCGAGGAGAGCGCAGACAGCUCCUCACACUAGCCACGCAAGCUUUGCAGCACCUGGAACAGGAGCUGCCAGGUCAACUUCUCUUAUUAAAGGAUCUAAACCAAGAACAACAGAGGGAGCUGAAUCUCAAAGCUCCAACUUUCUCCCAGCUCCGUAUCGGUGUGGCCCGGGACUGGCCUGAUGCCAGGGCAGUCUGGGUGAGUGAAGACAGCAGCCUGGUUAUUUGGGUCAACAUAGACGACCACCUCAGGCUGGUAUCAAGACGAGAAGAUGCCAAUGUGGCUGAAGCUUUUAAAUGCAUUUGCAUCAACUUGCAAAAGGUGGAGGAGUACUACAGACGUCUCAGACAUCCCUUUAUCUGGAAGCAGCAGUUGGGAUGGGUGACGAGCUCCCCGGCCGAUGUGGGUACAGGUCUGAGGAUCAGUGUCCUCAUCAAACUGCAGCACCUUCCCAGACAUAAACGCCUUAAGGAUGUCCUGAAAAGACUGAGGAUCAACAUGGACAAAACCGAAUCCCCGGAACUGUAUAACAUAAGCAACAUGGCGACCUUCGGCCUGACUGAGGUGCAACUGACCCAGCUGGUGGUGGAUGGGGUUAAGCUACUCAUCAUCAUGGAGAAGAAGCUGGAGGGAAACCUAAAUAUAGAUGAGCUUGUUCCUGCGCAGAAGUAGCUCCCAGCGGGAUGACCAGUGGCUGAAGGAGAACAGGUUGAAUGGAAGCGUGCAUCUUGGUGCAUUAUACAGCAGAUAAUGAAAGCAAAGUAGGACAAAACAAAGUGUUUACU